UCGCAGCCCUAGUCGCCUUCGGGGGGACAUGGAGCCCAGGAGAGUGGGGCCUGGGGCGCACUACUGGGGGCCUCGGGUGGCCGCGGGGUCGGGGACGGCUGCGGAGCUCGUGUACCACCUAGCGGGGGCCUUGGGCAAUGAGCUGAAGGAGCUGGCGCGCCGCUUCGGGCCGGAGGCGGCGGCCGGGCUCGUGCCGCUGGUGGUGCAGGCGCUGGAGCUCCUGGAAAAGGCGGCCGUGGGGCCCGCCCCGGACUCGCUGCAGGUAUCCGCGCAGCAGGCCGAACUCGAGCUGCGGCGGCUGCGGGAGGAGAACGAGCGCCUCUGCAGAGAGUUGCGCUCUGGGCCACAGGAGGAGCGCGCUCUGCUGCGGCAGCUCAAGGAGGUUACCGACCGCCAGCGGGAUGAACUCCGGGCGCACAACCGCGACCUGCUGCAGCGCAGCCAGGAGACGGAGGCGUUGCAGGAGCAGCUGCAGCGCCUCCUGCUGGUGAAUGCGGAGUUGCGGCACAAGCUGGCCGCAGUACAAAGCCAGCUGCGCGCCGCGCGGGACCUGGAGAGCGAAUCAGAGCGGCGGCGCGAAGCGACCUUGGAGCCCGAGCCAGAGCAGGCGCAGGGCCAGGCCGCGGCGCCCGGGUGCGAGCAGAGGCAGGAGCCCGAGACGGCAGCCGCGAGCACAGGAGCCCCGGGGACCCCUGAGGACCGGGCGGAUGCCCUGCCGCCGCCAGGACGCCCCGCCAAGGUAGGGCAGUGCGGCUUCAGUCGAGAGGAGGUUGAACAGAUCCUUCAGGAGAGGAAUGAGCUCAAAGCCAACGUGUUCCUGCUGAAGGAGGAGUUGGCCUACUUCCAGCGGGAGCUGCUCACAGACCACCGGGUCCCCGGGCUUCUGCUCGAAGCCAUGAAGGUGGCUAUCAGGAAGCAACGAAAGAAGAUCAAGGCCAAGAUGUUAGGGACCCCAGAGGAAGCAGAGAGCAGUGACGAUGAGGAUGGCUCAUGGCUCCUGCUCUCCAGGGAUAAGGGAGACCACCUCCAGCCCCCACCCCCUGAGUCCAGAAUACAGAGUUUCUUGGGCCUGUGGCAUCGGGGUGGAACAGAGGCCCCUGAGGCUGAGGCUGAGGCUGAGGCCAGCAUUGCAGCCACCAGCGAGAUGCGGGGAGGAGAGGAGGCUCCACAGCCACCCCCGUGGAGCCUGUGGGCAGCCUGACAGCCCCCAACUCCUGACCGGCCCUGCUCUGCUCUCGAUGAAUAUCUUCGUCUGGGGUCUCGGCUGCCCCAGAGGCCUGCCUGACUUCGGAGUCUGUCUGGGGGUGGAUGUGUGACCUCACAUGAGGACAGGGCUCCCUCCUUCCCCGCCCUCCCCAGGCUCUUUUCGAACCCUGGCCUGAGCCAGGGUGUGACGGGGAGCUCAACCUACCUUCCUUCCUGUAUCUCUGUGCCAAGCCUCCGGGGCCAGAUAAAAGUGCUGCUUCUGUGCGUUUCAGUCUCCCCAUCCAUGCGAUGGAGAGUUGACUACCUCCCUCCCAGGUGUUUGUACGGAUGGCCUAAGCUGAUGUAAUAAAGCAACUGCCCGUGACACCCAGAAACUGCUCCAUGUCUGUCUGUCAGUGGUCUGCCCCUGCCCAGCUCUGCCAGGAAGUUCCCCUUGGCUGUCACUGGCUGGGGAGGCUUCUCCCAGCGUGGACCUCCAGUGGGGAGUGUGACCUAGUGGACACCCGUGGCUCACCCCCUCGCCUAUCCCCUCGCCUAUUUAGACCCUGAAGCCCCCGCUCAGCCCUCGCCAUUGGCCUUCCUU